AUGAGAGAGAUCAUUCACGUUCAAGCAGGUCAAUGCGGUAACCAGAUCGGUCAAAAGUUCUGGGAGACCAUCAGUGCUGAACAUGGCAUCGAUUCCACUGGUGCUUAUAUUGGUGACAAUGAUCUUCAAUUGGAGCGUAUCAACGUCUUCUACAACGAAGGUUAUCAAGGCAAAUACGUGCCCAGAUCCGUCAUGGUCGAUCUUGAGCCUGCCACCAUGGAUGCCAUUCGUAGCAGCACCUAUGGCAAAUUGUUCCGCCCUGACAACUUUAUCAAUGCUCAAUCAGGUGCUGGCAACUCUUGGGCCAAGGGUUACUACACUGAAGGUGCCGAAUUGGUGGAAAGCGUCAUGGAUGUUGUUCGCAAGGAGGCUGAAAACACCGAUUGCUUGCAAGGUUUUCAACUUGCCCAUUCGCUUGGUGGCGGUACUGGUUCUGGUAUGGGCUCCCUUUUGCUUUCCAAGAUCCGUGAAGAAUACCCUGAUCGUAUCUUGAGCACCUACUCGGUGGUGCCAUCUCCCAAGGUCUCUGAUACCGUUGUUGAACCCUACAAUGCUGUACUUUCGGUCCAUCAGCUUGUGGAAAAUUGUGAUGCCACCUUCUGUAUCGAUAACGAAGCCUUGUAUGAUAUUUGCUUCCGCACCCUUAAGCUUACCAACCCUGGCUAUGGUGAUUUGAACCAACUUGUCUCAGCUGUCAUGUCCGGUGUUUCCACCUCGUUGCGUUUCCCUGGUCAACUUAAUUCCGAUAUGCGUAAGCUCUGUGUCAACAUGGUGCCCUUCCCUCGUCUUCAUUUCUUCAUGGUGGGCGUUGCUCCAUUGACGGCUUUCAACUCUCAACAAUACCGCAACCUUAGUGUGACGGAGCUCACCUCUCAAAUGUUUGAUGCUCGUAACAUGAUGGCUGCUGCUGAUCCUCGUCAUGGUCGUUACUUGACGGUGGCUACUAUUUUCCGUGGUCGCUUGUCAACCAAGGAAGUGGAUAAUCAAAUGCUUGCUGUGCAACAAAAGAACUCGUCCUACUUUGUGGAAUGGAUUCCCAACAGCGUCAAGACUUCCUUGUGUGACAUCCCUCCUGUGGGUCUCAAGAUGUCUGGUACUUUUAUUGGUAACAGCACUGCUAUCCAAGACUUGUUCAACCGCGUCAACGAACAAUUCACUGCCAUGUUCCGCCGCAAGGCUUUCUUGCAUUGGUAUACCGGUGAAGGCAUGGAUGAAAUGGAAUUCACUGAAGCUGAAUCCAACAUGAACGAUCUUGUCUCCGAAUAUCAGCAAUAUCAGGAAGCUACCAUUGAAGAGGAUUACGAGGAAGAAUACCUCGAGGAAGACGAAGAGGAAUAUCCCAUGGAUGAAGAGUAA